ACGGCCGUUAAUGGUUUGACUGAGUCGGGUCGAUGGUUGUUGACAGUUCUGCCCGUUGACUGCCAUUCGCCCAUUAACGGCCCAACGACGCACCCCAACACGCGCGGCGCAGAAGGGCGAGUGAUUGCGUCAUCGGAAGGGGCGGCGCGCUGUGGGCGGGACCAUUGCUCGACUUGGCUCUUUAACUGGAGCCGGGAGGCAGCGGUGUCUACUAGGCAGGCUUUGCUGCCAUAAGGAAUUGUCCCUUUAAAAUAAAACUGUGCAGCAUUUUCGUUUGCAAUUUUUCCCUAGAGAAUUUUAAGUCGAGGCAAGUAAAUUUAUAAGCUGUGAAGAGAUCUAUUUUCUCUUAAGUGUCAAUCGCCAUGUUCAGUUGGCUGGGGAGAAACGAGCGAGGUAAGAAGGAUCCCGAGUUAUUUCAGACGGUGACAGACGGCCUGAAGAAACUCUACAAAACCAAACUGCUUCCCUUGGAGCAGCACUACCGCUUCCAUGAAUUCCACUCGCCCUCGCUAGAGGAUGCAGAUUUUGAUAACAAGCCCAUGCUGUUGCUGGUCGGUCAGUAUUCAACCGGCAAGACCACCUUCAUCAGAUACCUUCUGGAACAAGACUUUCCUGGAAUGAGAAUUGGGCCUGAACCAACAACUGACUGUUUCAUUGCUGUAAUGAAUGGGGAUGUGGAAGGUGUGAUUCCAGGAAAUGCUUUAGUGGUGGAUCCAAAAAAACCAUUCCGGAAACUUAAUGCUUUUGGCAAUGCAUUUUUGAACAGAUUUAUGUGUGCCCAGUUACCGAAUCCUGUGCUUGAAAGCAUUAGCAUCAUUGACACACCUGGAAUUCUGUCAGGAGAAAAGCAACGCAUCAGCCGAGGUUAUGACUUUGCUGCUGUAUUGGAAUGGUUUGCAGAACGAGUUGACCGUAUCAUCCUGUUGUUUGAUGCUCAUAAGCUGGACAUUUCUGAUGAAUUUUCUGAAGUUAUAAAAGCACUGAAGAAUCAUGAGGACAAGAUCCGUGUGGUGUUGAACAAGGCAGAUCAGAUUGAAACUCAGCAACUGAUGCGUGUCUAUGGUGCUCUCAUGUGGUCUCUGGGCAAAAUUGUCAACACCCCCGAAGUGAUUCGGGUGUACAUUGGCUCAUUCUGGUCUCAUCCUCUGCUGAUUCCAGACAAUCGCAAACUUUUUGAGGCAGAAGAACAAGAUUUGUUUAAAGAUAUCCAGAGUCUUCCCCGAAAUGCUGCUUUGCGAAAACUCAAUGACCUAAUCAAGAGGGCACGACUUGCAAAGGUUCACGCCUACAUCAUAAGUGCCUUGCGGAAAGAGAUGCCAGCUGUAUUUGGUAAAGAUAACAAAAAGAAAGAACUGAUUAAUGGCCUUGGAGAAAUUUAUGCACGGAUUGAACGAGAGCAUCAGAUUUCUCCAGGAGAUUUUCCUAACAUUAAGAAAAUGCAGGAUCAGCUGCAAGCACAGGAUUUUAACAAAUUUCAGCCAUUAAAGAUUAAACUGUUAGAGACAGUAGAUGACAUGUUAGCAAAUGAUAUUGCUCAGCUCAUGAUCCUCGUACGUCAAGAAGAAACUCAGCGACCUGUCGAAGUUGUGAAAGGGGGAGCUUUUGAAGGCACAAUGAGUGGUCCAUUUGGACAUGGAUAUGGGGAGGGAGCUGGUGAGGGUAUUGAUGAUCUUGAGUGGGUUGUGAUCAGAGAUAAACCAAGCUACGAUGAGAUAUUUUACACUCUGUCACCCAUCAAUGGGAAGAUCACUGGUGCAAAUGCAAAGAAAGAGAUGGUGAAGUCUAAGCUUCCAAACACAGUGCUGGGGAAAAUCUGGAAAUUGGCAGAUAUUGACAAGGAUGGCAUGUUGGAUGAUGAAGAGUUUGCAUUGGCCAACCAUUUAAUUAAAGUCAAGCUGGAAGGUCAUGAACUACCCAGUGAAAUUCCACGGCAUCUCAUUCCACCAUCAAAGAGAAAGCUAGCUGAGUGAAUCUGGCAGCUGGAAAAAACACAGCACAAGAGGGUGAAGAUGAAAGACACUGAAGAAUGAAGAUUCCAAAUUUUAAGCAGGCAAAAAUAGUGUUAAGGCUUUUACUUAAUAAAUAUUUUUAUUUCCAUUAUUUACACUGAUUGCAAUACUCCAGGUUUCAGAGCAUAGAAUUUGCUACUUUCACCACCAAAAAAGAGAGAGUGGCAACAGAGUUACUGUUCACUUGGAGACAGGAGUGCCUUGGGAUUGUUGCUCCUUCAUGUCCCUUUUUUAAUGUUGUGGAGCACUGUGAUGUCACCUUGUUACUGUGAGCAGUACUACUGAGUUUCUGUUCGCCUUUUAAAGGGAGAUAGAAUUUUUUUUUCUCAAACUUCAGCCCUAUUUAUUUUUAUGUAACUAGGGUAUUUUGCUUUAUCUCAACUACUCAAUUUCUGCAUGAUGCUGAAGAUUAAUUCAGAUAGUUAUCCUCUGGAUAGUUAGUUACUGCAAGGAUAAUUUUUUUUCCCACUUUAUAAAGAUUUAGAUUUUAUAAGGAACAGCUUAGUGUUUCUCAAUGGUCACUCCAUGGACAGGAACGUCUACCAUACCACACUAUGGUAGAAAUAAGUGAUUUGUAUGAAAGCUAUAUUUCUACAAAAAGUUUGGAAAUGUGGCUUUUUUGAUUCAUGAACGGAAUUUCUAGUAAGUACUUUUUCUUCCAAGACUUUUUUGUGAAGCCCUUAUGUGACUAAUAAUCUGUAACAAUGGAGUGUAGUUUAAUUGGAUAUGUGCUAUCUAUAAUGCAAAGUAGUAUUAUACAAGUAUUAUAUCUAUAAUAUACUUUGACAUUAGUAAGGAAAACUAAACUAAAUUCUAUCAAAUAUAUACUGCAUGUUUAUUGAUCAAGUUUAACAUAAUACCAAGUAUAGUGGAAAAGUUGUAGAUCAUCUUGUAUUUGUAAUAGUUGGAUAUAUUCUACUUGACUGUUCUAUCACCUAAUCUUUGCUUGUUUUCUUUAAGCUAAGUUAUGUUGCAAGACAUAGCAUAAAAUGUUCAGUUCAAUGUCUUCCAUUAUUAUAUUGACUGUUCUGGCACCUCUUUAAAAUGUUCCAUGUGUGAGAAUUCUUUGUAAAUGUAGGUUAUUUUUCUGUCCUGUAGUUGUUGAAUAUUGCUGUGGAAAAUCACUGCUGUUAUACUGAAACUACAUGGUGAAUCCACAGACAUACACUACAUUAGUGAGGGAUCUGCAAUGUCAGUUAUAAGUCUUUAUCUUCCAUUUUGGAAAAAAGCAAGAAGAUUUGCUUCCCAGUUACACAUGAAUGUAUUCCCAUGCCCACAGAUUGAUGCAGUGAGGCCUGUUUAAAACAGGUGCAAUUUGCUCAAUAUUACAUUUUUGUGGGGCAAACAUGUUGAAGGCUCACUCUUCCCAAACCAUUUGACUCAACCUCACCCACUGCCUGCUCCAAGGAAAUUCCACUGCACCUCAAAAAGGAACUUGCAUAAUGCCGAAAAAAUAUUUUUAAAGAAUCAUGCUUCCAAUGUGGAAUUAAACUGUUACUAGUAGGCUUUCACAGGUGUUUUCUUUUGCGUGUGUGAGCACUUGGGGUGACGAUGAAGAGGAAAUAUCACUGAAAUUUGCACAAGUAUUCUGCACUUAAUUGUUUUUCUGCCUGGAACCAAGCUUGGAAUUCAUGGUCAAAGGGGCUAUGGAAGAAAUAUUUUUUGUAAUUCUUUCCACAGCUUCUCUUAAGGAAUGCUUUUAGAUCAUGCUUUAAAAGCAAGAAAUGUGAUUUGUCACUUACACUGGUCCAUACUGAAAUCUUAGCUGGUUGUCUAAAAGCAUCCUUGCAUCAUUCUGUUCAGCAUACAACAUUAACAAAAUAGUCUCCUUAAAUUGCUCUGGAUAUUUUUUUUUAAUUUGAUGUCUGCCACCAAUCUGCUACAAACCAACUGUAGUUGAGGAAAUAUACUAAAUUAACUGCUAUGAUUUGUGUGUAGACUAGGUACUUUAGACAGGCCCAUGAAUCAGAAUCAAGUUUAUUACUGUGAAAUUGGUGGCAGCAGUACAGAACAAAGGCAUAAAAUUACAAAAAGUACAGAAAAAAAGAAUGGCAUAGUACUCGAGGACUGUUUGGAAAUCUGAUGGUAGAUAGGGAAGAAGCUGCUUCUGAAUAUGGAUCUUGAGACUUCUGUACCUGUACCUCCCUGACAGUGGUAACCAGUAGAAGGCAUGUGUGAGAGUCCUUAAUAAUGGAUGCUGUCUUAGUGACAUCCCAUAUCUCCUGAAAUUCCCAAACAAGAAGAGCUGCUGGCGUGCCUUCUUCAUGAUUGCAUCAAGAAGACACUCAGGUACUUGAAGCUGUACACCCAUUCUUCUGCUGAGGCUGAGGACUGGUGUGCGUUCUCCCAACUUCCCGUUCCUGAAAUCUACAAUCGUUUUUUUUGUUCAUGCAGGUGUUGAAACUUCACUCACUCAAGCAGCUGACCUAUGUCAUUCCGGUAUUCUGAGCAGUUGCUAUGCACAGGUUUUUUUAAAACACCUUAAAGAUUAAUGAAAAAGUUUUUUUUCCAUGGGUCAUAUUUUUAAUGUGUACCCUAGCCCUUGAAGCACUUUCUCAUUAAAAUUAUAAUCAAAAUAAUUAGCAUUAUCCUAUAAAAUUCCAAAUUUUAAAUAGAUUACUCUGACAUAUGCAUAUUCUUAAGCAUCUCCAAAUAUUGUUUUAAGACAGCCUCUAGUUGGAACUGCGACUGGAAUUACCUGUGCUUUGAGAUCAUUUCAAUGAAUAGAAGAGAAUGUUGGUGAAAAUCUAACUACUGGAGUACACCUUUAUUUCUAUUUGCUUCAUGGUUACUUGUGCCACUAUUCAAAAUUUAAUUAAAUGUGCAAAGAUUAAUAGGUUUUUAACCUUCACCUAUUACCAUACACUUCCCUAUACUCCUAAUAUAUAUAAUAGAUAAUAUUAUAAACCCUACUUGCAUAACAAAGUAUGUACCAUUCCUUUCCUAUAUAGUAGAGGUUGAACUUUUUAAACCUCUAUUUGUGUACUGAUAAUCAGCUUUAUAAUGUGAAAUACACAAGCAGUCAAGUAUAACUCUAAUUCUGAAGGUUUAUUGUAUACAAAUUGCUACUGUAUGAAAUGGCCAUUUCUACCAAAGAUUAGUAGUGCAACGAUAAGAGCAAAAUCUUCUGAAAGUAGAACUAUACACUAGAUGUUAGGAAAGCCUAUGUUUUAUGGUGUAUUUAAUUGAGUGCAAUUAUUUACUAUGUUGGAGCUUGCAUUUCAUUUUGAUAUCUGCUUUGUGUGCAUUUGGAUAUCCCUGCUUCCCUGUUUGUUGGCUGAUCCCAUUUCUUUAAAUAGUUGAAAUUAUUUUUGUUUUCAGUAGCCUCUACAUUUGUAUAUUUAAAUUUUUGGGUCACAUGCAAUUUUUGAUGUCUAAAGCUUUUAAUCAUUGACCUCUAUAAUAUUAUUAAUAAGCAAGUUUGUACAAAUAUUUUUCAGGGAGCCUGGUCUUUAAGAUUAAAUACUAAUGAAUAACAUAUUUUCAAAAACUAUUUCCACAAUAGAAAGAGUCCAGAUUAACAACAUUGAACAAAUUGGAGCACUUCGGCAUUUUGUACUUUUAUGACCAAGUUCUUAUUUCCCUAUUGCACUGGUUGCCUUUAUUGCGAAGAGGAGAAUAAAAACCUACACUUUGUUUUGUAGAUUAUGGCAUCCUGGUCACAUUGCUAGUUUCAGUUGCUCAAAUUUGUUGUGGCACUUGAGCUAAUCUUAGAUAUUAAACCUUCAUUAACCAAAUUUCAGAAGACAAAGUGUGAGGGGGAAAAUUGUUCAUGAUUAACUACUAACAUACCUGUGCGUCCCAUCAAACACAUUUUUCAAAGCACGGUAUUAAUUUUGGAAAUUCUGUUAUGGAAUUCCUGAUGCAUUACAAACUAUCACAAUGCUAACCAAGGUUUGCCAAAAGGAUUUUUUUUCUUUUGCCAAUAAUGUUAUUGUACAUUUAUUUUUAAAAAUCCUAUAUUAACAUUGUAUUUAAAAGACUAUAUUAACAUUGUAUUUAAAAGAAGCUGUAGAUUAGAGAAAUACUAAUAAACUGUU